AUGACUGAAGAAGAAGAUCCAUACGCACUUUCCUCAUCGGAAUCAGAAGAUGAUGGUCCAAAAAGACCGAUUAAAAUUGAGGGAAGAAGUGGAGAUUUGAAACAACUUGUGAGUUUUUGGAACUUUUUUUUUUGAAAUUUUGAAAUUUAGUAUGAGCACAGGUCCAAAUUUUGAAUUUGAAAUAAAUUUGAAAAAAUAUUUUAAUUUUAGAGAGAAGCUUUGUCUGAAACGGUUGGUUUUUAUAAUUUUUCCCUGAAUCCACUUCUAUACUAACAGAAAAUCCUUCAAACAUCAAAUUUACCUAAUUUUUUGGAAUCUAAUCCUCAAUUUUCUAAGAUUCCAAAAAAGUUCCCAUCUCAAUCUCCAAACUCCAAAUCAUUCUUUCAAAAAAUGUCUUCAGAAAUCUGCACUUUUCGAAAACCGUGGUCCCGUAAAAGAUGAAGCUCGCGAAGAAGAAUUAGCCGCCUUAAAACAAUCAAAAGAAUUGAAUAAAAUGAAAAAGGAUUUUGAAGCUGGAACUGUUCAUAACAUCGAGAACGAAGAAGAUGAAGCUGCAAAAAUCGCGAGACUUGAAGAACGUCAAAAAUUGACUGAAAUUGGAAAAGAGAAAUAUUCAAAGUUCAAGACGAAAUUUGAAAAUAUCGAAGAUGAUUUGGAAAAUCGAUUGAAACAAAUCAAACGGGAAGAGAUUGGAGGGCUUGGAAAAGAAACAUUGGCAUCGGCGAAGGAACGGUGAGUCAUAUUUUGAACAAUUUUCGAAAACAAAUCCAACAUUUUAUCAUUUUUCAUUUUUUUAAAACCAUUUUUCAUGUGAAAGUGAAAAUGUUGGUUUCAAAGAUGGUUUUCCUGUAAGAAAAUAUGAACCAUAUUUCUAAUUACCCCCCGAAAAAAAUGUUCCAGAUUCGAGAAAGGCGAAAGCGACAUAAUCGUCGAAAAAACUCAAGUAGACAUUGAGAGAAGCGCGGAUUUGUCGAAGAUGAAGGCGGCGUUCCAAGAGAAACCGGCCGAGGAGAAGAAGAACUGUUGUAUUUGUGACAAAGUUGUGUAUCCGGUUGAAAAGGUGGUGGCGAAUAAGAAUUUGUAUCAUAUCAACUGUUUCAAGUGUUGUAAAUGUGCCAAGAAAUUGACGUGAGUUAGAAGGGUUUUGAAAAAAAUCCUGAUUUUUCGGAAUCUCCAAAUGUUUGGAAAUUUUGCCACGUGGCAUUUUUUCAAAUUUCGAAACUUCUUGCUAGACUCUCUAGACGGUGAUUCUGUCAAUGUGGAUCUAUAGGCUGCGCUACUUGCCAGCUAGAAUUUCAAGGCUCGGUUCCUUGACAAUAAGACCCGCUCUAGGCGCGACUACUUCAGAGCUAGAGUCUCUAGACGGUGAUUCUUGUCAAUGUGGAUCUAUAGGCUACGCUACUUGCCAGCUAGCAUUUCAAGGCUCGGUUCCUUGACAAUAAGACCCACUCUAGGCGCGGCUACUUGAGAACUAGGGUUUCUAGGAGCGGCUUCUUGUCAAAGUGAAUAUCUAGUUCCAUUCAGAACAAGCUAAGGUUCAGAAUUAGCCUUGGAUUAAAAAAAAAUAAACAAAUUCCCCGCUCAGAGCUCAAAAUUAACCUGAAAAAUCAUCCUGAAUUUUUCAGACCAACUAACUUCAACUCCCACGAGGGAAAACUUCUCUGCAAAGUUCACAUGCUCGAAGUUUUCCAUCCAGAAUUGGCAAAAACCAUGGAUCCAGCUAAUACAGAAGGUAAGCAAUCAAAAUUCCAAAAAUAGUUAGUUUUCACAUAGCGCAGGUAUUCAAAACAUAACAUAAGUGUUUAUUUAUUGAUAAUACAUAAAUCUGAAGUGUACGUACGUAGAUCAAACAAGUUUUGUUUUUCUAGAAGACGAACGAGGUGGUAAUGGUGGAUCAGAUGAAGAAGAAGAGUUCGCCGUGUCAAGCAAACCCAAACAACUUCAAGGUGUUGUGAAAUGUGAGUAGAAUUUCCUAACAAAAUUAGGUCAGAUAUUCCCGUUAUCUCAAUUAAUUUUGUUUUGCAAAAUCGCUAUUGUUGUUGUUGUUCCCUGUGGCAGAAAGAGAAAGUUUCAAAAAUUAAAAAAAAAAAAAUUUUGCAAAACACAAGACAUAGCAAAACUUUUUGUUUAUAAUAUAAGUAUGCUCAUUCAAAAGACUCAUCUUUUUAUUCUUCUUCCAACUUUCAUAUUAUUAUUCAUAUAAUAAUAAAUAAUAGUAUAAUAUAAUAACAAAUAUAUAUACAAAGAGUGAGGCUUUGUCGUCUGCGUCUCUCUCUUUCUCUCUCUCUCGCUCUCUGCGCGCGCACAGAUUUCGAACGAACCUCAGUUAGUUCACACCCCCAAACACCCUAUAUCAUCAUCAUUAUUAUUAUUCAUAUUCAUAUAAUACACUAAUAAAUAAUCUUCACCGGAAUGGUUUCAGCCGGCGGCGGAGGAACUGUUCACGAUGAGUUGGCAGCGAUUAAAUCGUUGAAGGACAAGAAGGGUGAUUUCGAGUCGUCGUGUCGCGAGGCAAACAAUGAAGCGAAAAAGACACAGGUUUGUUGUUUCACUCAAAGAAUUCUUGUUUUUGGGGCAACUUUUGCCGGAUUUCUUGUUAGCGAAACUUGAGCCAAAACACUAUUCAAUUCUUUAAAAUCUCCCAAACAAAUUCCUUAAAACCGGUUAGCUGCACGAAUUAAUGAAAAAGAUAAUGAUCUUGUGUUUUACAGAUCGACAAAGAUUUGUUGGCAGCCGGGAAAGUCAAGGCGAAUGCUGAAAGGUUGGUGGGGCGAAAAACAGAGGCAUCAGAGGAAAUCUGAAUUUUUUCAAAAUUUAUUUUUAAAAUCACACAGCUUUUUUGAAAAUUUGAAAAUUUUUCUGAAGGUUCCAGAUUUUAUGAAACGGAGAAUCUGGAAAGUUUUCGAAUUCUGAAAAUUUUGAAUUUCAGAUUUUAUAAUGCUAGACUUUGUUGAGAUUCUUGAGAAAGUUACUGUGGAUUUUUGGCGCCAUAAAAUUCCACGUGGCACGAUUUUUAAAAUUUUAAAUUUUCGCGCUAGCAUCUACAGUAAUUUAGCCUAGCCAAACUCAGUUUUAAAAUGAUCCAAAUUUUGUCGCUAAAAAUGCCACGUGGCAUGAUUUUUGAGUUUUCGGAUUUUGGCGCUAGCAUCUACUGUAAUUUAGCCUAAGGCAUAUUUGGUUUCAAAAUGAUCCAAUUUUUUUUGCUAAAAAAAACCACGUGGCACAAUUUUUAAAUUUUCAAAUUUCGGCCCAAAAUUCUACAGUACCUUUGUAUUUCAGGCAAAUUUUGUCUUAAAAUGAUCCAAAUUUUGGCGCCAUAAAAUUCCACGUGGCAUGAUUUUUGAGUUUUCGGAUUUUGGCGCGAAAAUUUACAGUAUCUUAGCCUAAUCAUAUUUAGUUUUGAAAUGAUCCAAAUUUUGGUUCCAAAAAUGCCACGUGGCAUAUUUUUUGAAUUUUCGAAUUUUGGCCCAAAAUUCUACAGUAAUCCUACUCAUAUUUCGCCCUAAAACGCGGUAAAACUUAGCAGAAAUAUUUUUUUUACAAAAUUAAUUAUUCAAAAUUUUUGGUUCCGGUUCCACCUGAUCCCUAAAAUUCUCAGACCAAGUUCAAAUAUUCUCCGAUAAAAUAAAUAUUUUUCUGAUAAACCCGUAAAUUAUCAACAUGCUUGAUUGUUGAUUUAUUUUUAGGCUUAAUAAACUAUUUAUCAGUAGUGCACACCCAAAUCAAAUCAAAAUUACGUCACACAAAAAAUGAAUCAAAAUUUCGAUGCCACAAAAGUUCAUUUCUUGGAAAAAUAUUUAAUUAUAGAUUUGUAUCUGGCGCGGCUCUCGAAGAAAACAGCGAUGAUGAAAGUGAAAGUGUAGAUCGUGAUCCAUCAAUUAUCAGAAACUCGAAGAAAACCAAGAAAGAUGAUUUGAAAUUCGAAAAUGUUGGAGAUAUCAAAAAUAAGUGGAAGGAGGGAAAUGUUGAGACUGCUGAGACAAAAGAAGCUGAAGAGAGAAAGGAACUUGAAGCUUUGAAGGUAUGUAGGGCUGGACUUUGGGAAUUGGGCCCAAAUCCAUAGGCUCAAACUUUUAAAAACUUUUUCUGGUAGAUCAAAAAUAUAUUUCUCUGCAUCUCAAGUCGGAAAAUGAUUUCUAUUCUAAUUUUUUUCGAAAUUUCAGGGUGGUGUUUCUGUGAAAGAUCGAUUCAAAGAGCGCAGCGAAACCGAAGAUCAAAAUGUUGUUGAAAGAAGUUGGAACAAGGAUGAACUCAACACAUCAGGUUUGUCUAUGUUCUCAUCAUUUUUGCAAUAUUGUAUUAUCAACGAUGAAAAAUGUGGAAGCUCGUAAAUAGAAAAUUAGCGCCGAUGAAAAAAAUAAUUCAAUGUUUCUGGAGCGUUGAAAGCGCUGCGUGAAAGCGUUGCGGUUGGAAAACAAAAAUAUUUUGAAUUUUCAUGGAAUUGAUCAAUGAAAAUUUUUGAUCUACUCUCCCAUGUGUCUAAAUCUCUCAAAACGACUCAAUAUUUCUUGAUCAAACUAAAAGCGUUGUCGUUCUUUUGAUUUGUCAUCCAACCGCAACGCUCUCACGCAGCGCUUUCAACGCCCCAGAAACAUUGAAUUAUUUUUUUCAUCGGCGCUAAUUUUCUAUUUACGAGCUUCCACAUUUUUCAUCGUUGAUAAUAUAUUGUCUGUGAACACACCAUGUCUCAAGCGUUUCCACCAUUCUUCUUUAUUUUUUUUUUCAAACUGACUUUCAUCCCGGUUAAGCUAUCCGCGCGCUUCUGACAUGUGUUCGCAGUCAAUAUAUCAACAAAUGUGGACCGAAGUUUUCAGCUGCCGCUGAAGCUCGAAAAUCGUUCAUGGCCGGAAGUGCCUAUGAAUCCGCGCAGCCUGUCGAAAAAACUGCGAAGGAUUUGGAGGAUUUGAAAUUCGGACAACUUAAAGGAUUCAAGGAAAGAUUUGAGAAUAUUGGAGAAAAUGAAGAGGUUCAGAAAACUGUUGUUGAUAUUGGAGAGAAUAAUAUUCAACUCGGAAAUAUUAAAGCUACUUUUGAAAAUGGAGAAAGUGUUGAAAUGACAGCUGAAGAAAGAGCAACUUUGAAAAAACAAGAAAUUGAAGCUGAAUUCCAAAGAUAUAAAUUGGCAAGAAAAGCGGCUGCUUUAAAAGAACAAGAUGAAAUUAAAGAGGAGGACAAUGUUGAACAGAGUAAGUAUUUUUCUAUCGAAUUACGAUAACUCUUAAGUAUAUUUUUUUUUUUUCAGAAAAGGGGCUUGAUGUUGAUAUUAAAAUGGCUGGAAAAGCUCGUGAGAAGUUCAUGCAAAUCGAUGCUUCUGGAGCUUCUCCAGUUGUCCCACAACCACUUUCCAAAAAAAGUGAGCCAAGUAAAUGGGAUAAGAAGGAUGAUAAACCGGCAGCUGAGAUUAUUAAUCGACGACAAACUCAGGAAGAUGAGGAGGUUGCUGAUGAUGAUUCAUUUGAUGUUAAGAAUUUGAUGAAUAAGUUCAAAAAUAUUGGAGAAAGUUCAACGAGUAAGGUUUCUCAAAGUGAACAUCGUGCUGAAUUAGAAGCUUUGAAAUCGGCUGCAAAAGAUUUCAAGGCGAAAUUCGAGCAAGCCGCGGAUUCCGACGCUGACGCGAAUGCAGAAGCUCGUCGUCUUCAAAUGGAAUCUGAAUUUGAAGCAUUGAAACGGGAAAGAGAAGAAGCUCAGAGAAUCUUGGAAGCUGAACGAUUGGCUGAAAUGGCAGAGAUUCAAGGAAGUGAGGCGAGAGAUGAAGAUGUUGCGAUUAAAGCGGAUCAUGCUUCAAAAAAUGGCUGCGAAAUGGGAGAAGAUUCAACAAAAAGAGGCGAAGAAAGCCGAAAAAGGAAAAAUGCCUGAAAAGAAAUCAGGAGCGGUGAGUUUUUUAAAAUUUAAUUAAUUAAUUAGAUGGUGGUGGUUACAGGGUCAAUAA